AUGUCUUCAAACUUCAUUAUUUAUUUAUUUCGUUUCUCUUCAUUCAUAACACUAUCAAUCCUUCCUUUUCUUUCUUUCCUUUUUCUUUCUUUCUUAUUUCUUUCUUUCUUUCUUUCUUUCUUUCUUUCUUUCUUUCUUUUCUCUUCUUUUAUUACACUGCCUAUUCUUUCUUUCUAUCUUUCUUUUCUCUUCUUUUAUUACACUGCCUAUUCUUUCUUUUUUUCUUUUUUUCUUUCUUUCUUUCUUUCUUUCUGUCUUUCUUUCUGUCUUUCUUUUUUUCUGGGUUAUUACACUGUCACGCAUUACGUCACUUUAUUUAUUUCUUUUUUCCUUCUUUCUUUCCUUCUUUUUCUUCUAAUUUUCUCUUUCUUUCUUUCUUUCUUCAUUAUUUAUUCAUGUCAGUUUUAUUAUUAUUUCUUUCUUCAUUUCUCUCUUACUUUCUUCAUUAUUUCUUUCUUUUUAUUAAUUGAUUCCUUCUUUCUUUCUUUCUUUCUUUCUUUCUUUCUUUCUUUCUUUCUUUCUUUCUGUUGUUUCUCUUCAUUUAUCACACUGUCGAUCCUUCCGUCAGUUUCUUUCUUUCAUUUAGUCUAUCCUGCUUUCAUCACUUCCAUUUCUUUCUUUCUUUCUUUCUUUCUUUAUUUCUUUCUUUCUUUCUUUCUUUAUUUCUUUUGUUUCUCUUCCUGUAUCACAUUGUCAAUCCUUCCCUCAAUUCCUUUCUUUCAUUUAGUCUAUCCUGCUUUCACCUCUUCCAUUUCUUUCUUUCUUUCUUUCUUUCUUUCUUUCUUUCUUUCUUUCUUUCUCCCUUUGUUCUCUAAUGCAUCGAUGAAUGAAUAUCUCCAUAAUGACGACUUCAUUCUGAACCCAUCCUUCCUUAAAUAUGAUUUAAUAUAUUGGCAAUUAAGGCGCUUUGUAACACGGGAGCUAAUUAACCCGUGUGCACAAAGAUGA